AUGUGUGGUAUCUUUGCGUGUCAUCAUCACCCCGAUGUCCAGGCAUUCAAGCCUACAGCUUUGCGCAUGUCCAAGGCUGUGCGCCAUCGUGGACCCGAUUGGAGUGGAAACUUCGUUGAUGGUAGCACCAUUCUUUGCCACGAGCGCCUGUGCAUCGUCGGCGUCGGCUCCGGUGCUCAGCCCCUGGUCAACGAUGAGGGCUCCCUCGCUUUGACUGUCAAUGGCGAGAUCUACAACCACCGCAUCCUGAGGAAAUCUCUGGACGUGGAAUACAACUAUAAGACACAUUCCGACUGUGAAGUCAUUAUCCCACUGUACAUGAAAUAUGGUCUCGAUGCCCCCAAGCAUCUGGAUGGUAUGUUCUCUUGGGUUCUCUAUGACAAGAAGGAAGACAGGGUUGUGGCCGCACGUGACCCCAUUGGUGUCAUCAGCUUCUAUAUCGGCUGGUCUUCCCAGACCCCUGGCGCUGUCUACUUUGCCUCUGAACUGAAGAGCUUGCACCCCGUUUGCGACAAGAUCGAGGCCUUCCCUCCUGGCCACAUCUUCGACUCCAAGACCGGUGCCAUGACCCGGUACUUCGAGCCUUCGUGGUGGGACGCGAGCAAGAUCCCCUCAAACCCCGUCGACUACAAAGCUAUCCGUGAGUCUCUGGAGAAGUCCGUCCGCAAGCGUCUGAUGGCGGAAGUCCCCUAUGGUGUUCUGUUGUCUGGUGGUCUUGAUUCCAGCUUGGUUGCGUCUAUUGCCCAGCGGGAGACCCAGCGCAUGCAGGUCGCCAAGCCUGCUGGAGACAAGAGCCAGGAUAACAGCGAACUCGUCGGUAUUGAUGACUCCAACGAGCUCUCCACUGUCAACUCGUUCCAGAAGUUACAGUCUUUCUCUAUCGGUCUUCCUGGUGCUCCCGACACCGCGGCCGCCAUGGAGGUCGCCAAGUUCCUCGGAACCGAGCACCACGCUUUCACCUUCACUAUUGAAGACGGACUCAACGCCCUCUCCGACGUCAUUUACCACCUGGAGACCUACGAUGUCACCACAAUUCGUGCCUCCACCCCCAUGUACCUUCUCAGCCGCAAGGUUAAGGGUUUGGGCGUUAAGAUGGUUCUCAGCGGUGAGGGAAGUGACGAGAUCUUUGGUGGUUAUCUCUACUUCCACGCUGCUCCCAACAAGGAGGAGUUCCACAAGGAGACCGUCAGGCGAGUUAAGAACCUGCACCUCUCAGACUGCCUCCGUGCCAACAAGUCCACAUCCGCCUGGGGCCUGGAAGCCCGCGUUCCUUUCCUGGACAAGGCCUUCCUUGAAACCGCCAUGAACGUUGACCCCCAGGAGAAGAUGAUCACCAAGGACCGUAUUGAGAAGUAUAUUCUGCGCAAGGCUUUCGACACCACCGAUGAGCCUGACGUCCAGCCUUACCUACCGGAGAAGAUUCUCUGGCGCCAGAAGGAACAAUUCUCUGACGGUGUCGGUUACAGCUGGAUUGACGCCCUCAAGGAUCAGGCCGAAAUCCAGGUCACUGAUGAGAUGAUGAAGAACCCUAAGCCCGAGUGGGGUGACGAUAUCCCCGAUACCAAGGAAGCUUACUGGUACCGUACGAUGUUCGACGAGCUCUUCCCACCAUCCUGCGCCUCCACAGUUUCGCGCUGGGUCCCUACAUGGUCUAAGCAGACCGACCCUAGUGGAAGAGCUAUUGCGACUCACGUCGCCAAGUACGAAUCCGCCGUAUAGAUGUUUCGAUAUUUGGAAUCUGAAAGAUGUCGUUGAAUUUAGUUUUAUUUAAGGAUAUAGAAGCCUGCAUAGAUGAUUUUACGUGAACUGUUCCUUUGGGGGCGCAAAAGCGAGGUUCGUUCAACCGUCCAACUGGCGUCACCGUUUAUUUUUGCUUUUUUUU